AUGGCCACGAGCAAAAUCAAUGGCCAGUCGGUUUUCGCAAUCUCGCAUACUUUUGUCUGCUCUGUGUUCGAGGAGAACCUUGACAUUGUCGACCCGACCAAAGAGCGCGGCCUCCAUCAGGGCAGUCCUUCCACUUAUGCUAACGGCAUUUACCGCAGCCCCGUGCUUAAUGAGAAGCGAUACCAUCGCCAAGCUCUGCUCAGCUGCUGCCAUGAUAAGGGUUGUUCGAUCAUUGUAAUAUCCUCGGACAAACAGCUGGGCUUCGCUAGAAUUCUCCAGGUAUUUCCGUACCGCUUUGACAUUCCCGGUGACACAGUCGCUGAUUGGCAUGAGAAUUCUUUUCUGUUCAAAGGGCUCAAUGUCGCACCCUACAUUGAUGGUGACGACCUCCUUUGA